AUGGCAGAUGCCGAUGAAGAGGAUAGGCAGAACAAGGACAAGAAGGGCGACGCCAAGGCCAGGGACAAGAAGACGGUCGACAGGCACAAGAAGGACAAGAAGGGUGACAAGGAGGCCAAGGACGAGAAGACGGUCGCAAAAAAAUCCAGGAAACAGGUCAGGGAGGAGAAGAAGAAGAGAUCAGCCGAGGCGGUCGCAGAGCUCCUGACUGAGGUGUCUGAGGAGGGCGAUACCGAGUCGGUCGGCAAGGCGGAUGUUGAGCCGGCUGAGCCUGCAAGUGGCAGUGCUGCUGAUCAGCCGGUCGCUGAGCCUGCAAGUGGCAGUGCUGAUCAGCCGGUCAAAAAGAAAGGCAGCAAGUUCCAGACGCCUGACCCCAAUGUCGCUUGGCUAAACUAG